CCGGCGGCCCGAAGUGAUUAAACCACUCUGGAGCCAGCGCUCCUGGUGCUGGUGAAGUCAUGUCUGAUGAUGUCUCUGAGGAAUUUGAGGAAGAGGAGAAAUUGCCUUAUCUCGGGGAAUAUGAAGGAGAGCGCAAUGAGGAAGGUGAACGACAUGGAUAUGGGAAGGCAAUAUUGCCCAAUGGGGAUAUAUAUGAAGGACAAUAUGAACAUGGUAAAAGACAGGGUCAGGGGACCUACAAAUUUAAGAAUGGUACUCGAUACAUUGGAGAAUACCGAGAAAAUAAAAAGCAUGGUCAAGGCACUUUUUUCUAUGCAGAUGGAUCACAAUAUGAAGGAGACUGGGUAAAUGAUGAAAAGCAUGGCUUUGGAGUUUAUCGCUAUCCAAACAAUGAUACAUAUACGGGAGAAUGGUUUGCUGGCCAAAGGCAUGGGCAAGGAACUUACUUCUAUGCUGAGACUGGCUCUAAGUAUGUUGGUACGUGGGUAAAUGGACAACAAGAGGGACCAGGAGAACUCAUUCACCUAAAGCAUAGAUACCAGGGCAAGUUCAUGGGAAGAAAUCCAGUGGGUCCCGGAAAAUAUAUUUUUGAUAUUGGAUGUGAGCAGCAUGGUGAAUAUGAACCUAAAGAAAUGGAUGAAGAAGAGGGGGAGGAAGAGGAAAAUAUAAAACUUCCUGUUCCAAUAUGGAAAGCUAAAAAAAUUACUCCAUUAACCCUCUACACACCACCUCUUCCUGAAGUACCAUCACCGGCACAAGAAGAGCUCCAAACAUCUGGAGUUGGUGAAAAAGUUAUUGAUCAACCCCUUCCUGAUAAUUCAGGAGCAGAUGAACUUAAUGAAGAAAAGAAAGAGAAGGAAAAUCUGGAAAGCAUUAUGAAUGAAGACAUAAACCAAGAAAGUGCUUCAGAGGAGGAAGAAGAAAGACAAUCACAAUCACCAAAUUAA